AUGGCCCAGCUCGCCCGCAGGCCCGCGCGCACCCGCCUACCUUUGGCCGUGGCCGCCCUUGCCGUCCACACGCCCAGCCGCCGCUCCCCGCGCUGCCGCCUGCUAGAGCCGCUGCCUGCUCCGCGCUACGGCUGCAGCCGCCUGUGCUCGCCCGCUGCACGCACCCCCCUCCUCGCGCUGCUGCUUGUAGCCGGCGCCAUCCGAAGCUCCCACAUCAACUGUCUCCGCGCGCACCUGUGCCCCCCAGCCGAACGACCCCGCAGCCCACGUCCCGGCGCUGCACGGCUCAGGCCGGCCGCUGUUGCCGCUCGCGUCGCCAAGUGUCGUCGCCGCCCUCAAACACCGCUGCCCUUGCCGCAGUUCCUCCCCGGCCACCGCGCUCCCCGCCCGCGGUUGUCAGCCCCGCCCGCCUGCGCCGCGCUAUCGCUCACCGGCGCACGCGCGCCCGCGACUCCGGUCCCCUCCGACCCGUCGUCCUGUUCCGGCCGGCGCCCGAGCGGCCCCUGGCCGCCGGCGUUCGCGCCCGGUUCCCCCCCGUCGCUCGGGCAGGCUACGGCCUCGAGCACGGGCGCCGCACCCGCAUCCCCGUUUAGCCACGCCCGCUAG